GCCCUGGGGAGCGGCGGGCGGCGGCGACCGCGGCGGGGAGGCGCGGGGACCGGGCCCCGGGGGGACUCGGCCGGUCUGCUGCUGCUCCUGCUGCAGGUGCUGCCGCCCGGGGCAGCGGCCGGCCCGGGGCGCCGGGGCACCCGGGGGCCUGGCGGCGGCGGCGGCUGCGUCUGCUGGCCCGGCGCCGGCCCUGCUUUUCCGCGGGACGCGCGUCUGCUGCUGUUGCUGCCGCCCCGGCCACCACCGUCGCCGCCGCCGACCUCCACGGCCACAGCCUCCCCCUCUCGGAUGGACGCUCUGCCCCGCGGUGGGCUCCACCUGAAAGAGGAGCCGCUGCUGCCCUCCAGCCUGGGCUCGGUGCGCUCCUGGAUACAGAGCGCGGGCAUCCUGGACUCCAGCACCGCGGCGCAGAGUGGCGUGGGCCUGGCAAGAGCACAUUUUGAAAAGCAGCCCCCCUCCAACCUCAGGAAGUCCAACUUCUUCCACUUCGUGCUGGCCAUGUACGACCGGCAGGGGCAGCCCGUGGAGGUGGAGCGCACAGCCUUCAUCGACUUCGUGGAAAAGGAUCGAGAGCCUGGGACAGAAAAGACAAACAAUGGGAUCCAUUACCGCCUUCGGCUGGUGUAUAAUAAUGGACUUAGGACAGAGCAAGACCUCUACGUGCGGCUUAUUGACUCCAUGUCGAAGCAGGCAAUCAUCUAUGAGGGACAGGACAAGAACCCUGAAAUGUGCCGAGUGCUGCUCACUCAUGAGAUCAUGUGCAGCCGGUGCUGUGACCGAAAGAGCUGUGGUAACCGGAAUGAGACGCCUUCUGAUCCAGUCAUUAUUGACAGGUUCUUCCUCAAAUUCUUCCUCAAAUGCAACCAGAACUGUUUGAAGAAUGCAGGGAAUCCCCGAGACAUGCGCCGCUUCCAGGUGGUAGUGUCCACGACUGUGAGUGUGGAUGGACAUGUGCUGGCUGUGUCGGACAACAUGUUUGUGCACAACAACUCCAAGCAUGGACGCAGAGCCCGACGCUUGGACCCUUCUGAAGGUCAGGACUCCCAGCCCAGCCCUGGCCAGCCUCAGUCUCCACCUUGGUGCAGCCCCUUGACCUGGGUCCUCUCCUGCCUCCCAGCUGCCACCCCCUGCAUCAAGGCCAUCAGCCCCGGGGAGGGCUGGACCACGGGAGGCGCCACCGUCAUUAUCAUCGGAGACAACUUCUUCGACGGGUUGCAGGUCGUGUUUGGCAACGUGCUCCUGUGGAGCGAGCUCAUCACUCCCCAUGCUAUCCGGGUGCAGACGCCACCGCGACACAUCCCUGGGGUAGUAGAAGUGACCCUCUCCUACAAGUCUAAGCAGUUUUGUAAAGGAGCCCCUGGCCGAUUUGUCUACACAGCCCUGAAUGAACCCACCAUCGACUAUGGAUUCCAGAGGCUACAGAAAGUCAUUCCCAGACACCCCGGAGACCCUGAGAGGCUGCCCAAGGAAGUGCUGCUGAAAAGGGCGGCUGACUUGGCGGAGGCCCUGUACGGAGUGCCCAGCAGUAACCAGGAGCUCCUCCUGAAACGUGCGGCGGACGUGGCCGAGGCUCUGUACAGCGCCCCGCGGGCGCCUGCACCACUCGGACCCCUGGCCCCCAGUCAUCCGCACCCCGCCGUCGUGGGCAUCAACGCUUUCAGCAGCCCUCUGGCCAUCGCUGUCGGGGAUGCCACACCGGAGCCGGGCUAUGCCCGUAGCUGCGGCAGCGCAUCUCCCCGGUUCGCGCCCAGCCCUGGGUCUCAGCAGAGCAGCUAUGGCAGUGGCCUUGGAGCCGGCCUCGGUAGCUAUGGCGCACCCGGUGUGACUGGCCUUGGUGUGCCCGGGUCCCCUAGCUUCCUCAAUGGCUCCACUGCAACUUCACCUUUCGCCAUCAUGCCCUCUAGCCCCCCGCUGGCGGCUGCAUCUUCCAUGUCCCUUCCGGCUGCCGCCCCCACCACCAGCGUCUUCUCCUUCUCACCUGUCAACAUGAUCUGCGCUGUCAAGCAGAGGAGCGCCUUCGCCCCUGUGCUGCGCCCACCCAGCUCCCCAUCGCAGGCCUGCCCCAGAGCCCACAGAGAGGGGCUUCCAGACCAGCCUUUUGAAGAUACUGACAAGUUCCACUCUGCAGCCCGGGGACUCCAGGGCCUGGCAUACUCCUAAUUAUGGUCCACAGGUGCUGUCCCCAAUGAGGCUGGACUGGAGGUCUUUCUGGGCUCAACGUUCAUGGCCGGAUGGCACCACACACAGAUAUAGGGUCAGGACUUCGGGUGGACCUCAGUCCCUGGGAUACACAGGGAGAGGCCUUCACCUCUGUGCUGGAGGCCCCCUCAUACCUACAGACCCUCAUACUUACCUCUCUUUCUUGGGGCACAUUAGAAGCCCAGCACUGUGAGGAUGUUCUUGGCAAGAGAGCAUCAUAGGGAGGUGUUGGGAUGUCGGGCCUUUCUACUGGAUCGGUUCCUCUGUAAGAGAUGGAUUUUGUGCAGACCAGAGAUGUUGGUAAGAUGAGCAAGAACUGGGAACUGUGGGAAAGAGAAUAGCUCAGGGAGAGGUCAUCUAGAGAGGCCCUGUUUGCAUCUGACCAAUCACACCUGACCUAGUAGCCACCUUCUCUCCUGUGAGCAAGGUGUCUAGCAGUUUCAGGAGGUCCAUUCAGGCUCCCAUGGAGCUGUCCACAAGCCACUGGACCCCAAUGGCUGCCUUCAUUUCCUCUGAGAGUAGCACAUUCAUGCUGAUCAUAUCCCACCUCCCUGUGGGGGUUUUAGGCAUGGAAGAUGCACAGAAGGGCCUCCUGGAUUUUGACUCUGACCCCAAUAGAUGUUUCAUGACAUUUGUCCCCCUACCACCACACACCAAGCUCUAGCUGGCCCCAAAGAACAGCCUGGCUAUGCCUUGGUGGCCUCACACUCUGAUGAGUUUGGACAAAAUGGAACAAUAAAACCAGAUGCAGGUGGCCACGUGGCCUCUCGUGCCUGCUUCCUUUGUCUGAUUUUCUUAGAGGCUCUGUAGAUCUCUGAGGGCCACUUUGAUCCGUGCCCCUGGACAACUUGGUGUCUCAGGCUUUUCUAGUGAUCAGCUUAGGAAUCAGCCUCUGCUUCUAGAUGGAUUCAGUCCCAACAUGAUCAGGAACGUAGAACUUAGUAUCUUGAUUGUCUGACCAUGACCAAGAUAAGGAUUACCGGACAUGUGUGGGAACUCAGGUAGAACAGGUUAAAUCUAACCUAGAUGUGUAAGAGUCCAGAAGUGAAAUCCAGUAUCAGAGGCUAGAGAACCUACCUGGGCUGUGGGCAGCUUAUGGGUCCCAGGAUACCCCUCUGAAUCACACUCUAACCCCCUCUUACCUCCUCCCAAGAACCAGAUUCCUUUUGGCUUUACCUAUUUAAAUGGAGCAUAGUAAAAAAAAAAAAAAAAAAAAAAUCCUUGGCCUAUUCACCCAUCUAGAGCCCCAGAAGACUCCCAGACCCUGGGACCCUGGGUAAAGUCAGGUUUUCUCUUUCUGAAAGCCAUUUUUUUUUUUUUUUUAAAGAAUCCACCAUUCAGGGAGUCCAAUGCCCAAUCUGGACCUUGGGCAUUUGGAAACCCUGUCUUUAUCAACCCCCACACUUAUGCCCUGUAGCCUUCUGGGAAAACAUCCUUGCCAAAGUGGGUAGGCUUGUCCUGUCCCUAGAGGCCUCCACUUCUUUCUUUGGUAUGCUUGGACAGAAUCUAGGAUUCCGUUCACCUGGGAUGCAUGGUUGAUGUCAUCUUGACCUCAGUGCUUGGCCUCCCCUGUUGUCCCUGAUGGAAGCCCAUGUGAUAGACAAGCAAAGCUUAUCUACCCAAGCCUGUUCCAUUCAACAAGCCCUUUCCUUGCUGUGCAGAGUCCUCCAAGGCCAGCCCUCUGCAGACCUAAUCUGUACUGGAGACAACUGGUAACCAGAUGGUGGUUACGCUCUAGCCCCCCAAAUGGGCCAGGUGCCAGGAUCAAUAUAAAGUGAGAUAUGGUAUCUAACUGUUCUCAGUGGUCCCACCUUACUACUUAAGCACCACUUGAAUUUACGUGACCUCUCUUAUACACACACACACACACACACACACACACACACACACACCAGUUCCAGGUAGACGAUACAUCAAAAACAAUAACCGAGUUCCCUGCAGAAAGAUAAACAUCCUUCUGCCAAGCGAUCUCCAAGGUCUACUCCCCACCGACACAACCAAUGUUCUUAAUUUAAAAUAAAAAAAAAAAAAUUGCUA